AUGUUCAUCUAUUUAUCUAAAAAGAUCGGCAUCCCAUCAGAAACCGAACUUCACUGCGUCGAAUGGAAUCACAACACGAACUUUAUAGCUGCCGGUGGAACGAAUGGAAUCUUGAAAAUUGUAAAGUUGGCUCCAAUCGAGACACCGGGACAAGGGAAAGCUACAACAACAGCCAAAGGUCGAGGCGAUCCAAAAGGACUCGCUACACCGACGAAUUUAUCUGUCAAUCAGAAUUUAGAAGGACACACAGGUACUGUAAUCUGUGCCUCGUGGAACGAAAUGUAUCAAAAAUUGACGACAAGUGACUCAAAUGGAUUAAUCAUCGUUUGGAGUUUACACAAUGAGAGCUGGUAUGAAGAGAUGAUCAACAACAGAAAUAAAUCGAUGGUGGUCGGGAUGGCGUGGAGUAUUGAUGGAUCGAGGAUCGCGAUCGCGUAUCAAGAUGGUCAAGUAAUCGUGGGCACAAUGGACGGGAAUCGAGUGUGGAACAAGGAAUUGCCCAGUCAGCUGGCUGCUUGUUGUUGGACUCACGAUGGAUCCUCACUCCUUUUCGGUCUCGUUGAUGGAGAAGUUCAUGCUUAUGACAGUCAAGGAAAUUUUCUGCAAAAACUUCACAUGGUUGCGCUAGAGAAUGUGGAAUUGGAAACAGCAUUAGCAAAGGAUCUACGAAGAGACAAAAUCGUUUCCCUUCGAUGGUGGGCACCGGUGCCGAAAACGAAAUAUAUCGAAUCGGGAAGCAUUCAACACCGUCAAACUCAAAUGUUCAACCGACCACAGGGUGAAGGAGCAGCGCCUAGAUUGCCGAGACAACAAACUUUUGAUGGGGUGGCUGAGGUUCGUGGCGAUGCUCGACCCCGUCUCCUUAUCGCUUACGAGCACGGUGUUAUUCAAUUGAUGAGAAAUGAAAGUGAUACAAAUUCAAUCCUCGUCCGUCUUCCACAAAUGUCAAUUUCCUGCGCGGCGUGGGCUCCAAACGGAGGUUUCCUCUCAGUGACCGGUCAACAAAUGGAUCUCCCACAAAAUGAUCGAAAUGUUGUCAUAUUUUUGACAGCAUAUGGACAAAAAUUACGACUUCUUAAAGUGCAAGGGAUUUCACUGACGAGUUGUGCUUGGGAUCCAACGGGUCUCCGAGUUGCUCUCUCCGUCGAUAGUAAUAUCUAUUUUGCGAAUAUUCGACCGGAUUACAUUUGGGGUUACUGUAGUCAAACGGUUGUUUAUGCGCAUGAGACUGAUCGAGGAGAGUUCCGUGUGGUCUUCUUCGACACACAACAAGAAGAGUUCUACUCGAAACCGGUUCGUUUCCUUGAAGCGAUCACCUGUUUCGAUGAGUACUGUGUGAUUGGGAGUCGAGCCGAAGACGGACAUGGAUCUUUUCUCUGUCAGUUGUGCAAUGGAAUGGGCACACCGCUAGAUUUUAAGUACACCGAAGUCCGUCCGCUGAACAUCGCGAUGAACGGAGUGGCUUGUGUGAUCGCCUCUGAAGACAGUUUCUACAUUUGGCAUUUCAAUCUACCCAAGAAAAGCUCUCUCAACUAUAUCUCUUUACAAAAACCGUCUACAGAACAAGACAUAGUCCAUUUUCUUGAUGGUGGACCUCAAAAUUCGUUCAAUCCACAAAGAAAAAAGAAAGCAAAUGAUGGAAUUUGUUCGAUUGCUAUUGCUGAUACUUAUUUUAUUAUGGCAACGGAAAGCGGUUCUCUCUAUAAAUUUGCUCUUUCUGAUGGAACUCGAUUAGGAAAAUUUCCAAUACUUGCAAAUAUUGAGAAGAUGUAUUUUAAUUGCAAUUACACAAAAUUGGCAAUUGUCAAUCAUCAUGCGAAUAUGAGAUUGUUUGAAGUGAAUGAUGAUGCUUUUUCAUCAAUUCCAGGGAUUGAGAGGAGAGAUGUUUGGAAUCUCAAAUGGGAUCAUGAAAAAGAUGACACAAUGGCUGUGAUGGAGAAAACUCGAUUGAUUGUGAUUAGAGGGAAAGACACUGAAGAACCUGUUGUUUCUUCUGGCUACAUAGCAUCUUUCAAAGGUCUCACUGUGAGAACUGUACUAGUUGAUCAGUUUUUGCAACACCCUGACAAUCCUGAGAAGAAAUUUGUGAUUGAUAUUGAAGUAAAGGCUCUUCGUGACGCAAAAUAUCUCCUUGACAAGAUGAAAGUUUCUGAGGCAACAGCUUACAUUGAAAGAAAUCCACAUCCAAGAUUAUGGUCUCUUCUUGCUGAAGUUGCGUUGAAUAAGAGCGAUCUCACAACAGCUGAACACGCCUAUGUUAUGCUUAAAGACUAUCAUGGAUUACAAUUUUGCAAAAGAGCUGCGAAAAUUGAUAACCCUCAAAUCCGGCAAGCUGAAAUCUAUGCUCAUUUGGGUCGUUUGGAUGAAGCUGAGCAGCUAUUUAUGCAAGCAGAUAGAAGAGAUCUAGCCAUUGAUAUGUAUAAAACGUAUCAAGAUUGGUUCCGAAUUUUGAAAAUCUUGCAAACGAGCAGUGGACCUGGAGAUGAUGCAUUGUUGAGACAGAUCUAUGACAAAUUGGGAGACUAUUUCUUCGAGAGACAAAAAUGGCAAAACGCUAUCCCACAUUAUGAGCAAUCGAAAAAUAUGGAACAAUUGUUUAAAUGCUAUUUGAUGUUAGAUGAUUAUAAUAGUUUACGACAUUUGGCAACUCAAUUGCCUGAUGCACAUCCAUUGCUUAUUGAAUUAGCCGAACUCUUUGGAAACGCUGGACUCUGUGAAUUGUCGGUGGAGAAUUAUCUUCGAUGCGAUCGUCUCAAUGAUGCUUUAGAUAUUUGUAUUCAGUUGAAUCAAUGGGAAAAGGCAGUCACUUUAUCCAGAACGCACAAUCUACGCGAUGUUGACAGUCUUUUGGGAAAGUAUGCCGAAGAUUUAACGGGAAGCAAUGAAAGAACACUGGCUGCUGUGCAAUUGUAUCGAAGAGCUGGAAGAUAUUUGCAAGCGGCAAAGAUUGUUUUCGAGAUUGCUGAUGAUGAGCGUCGAAGAACAGCCUCUCUAUUACGAUUGAAGAAAUUAUAUGUAUUGGGUGCAUUGAUGAUCGAAGAAUAUCAUCAACAACAACGCGCAAAGCUUGCAGAAGCUGAGAGAAAAAAGGACAAAAAUGCGGAUGAGGCAAAAAUCGCGUUAUCCGGUUUAUUGGCGGAGGACAUUUCGGUGAACCUUGAAGAGUCACGAAUGAUCGACAAUGCUUGGAGAGGAGCUGAAGCUUACCAUUUCUUCAUGUUAGCACAAAGACAAUUGUAUCGAGGGAACGCUGAUGCGGCCAUGAAAACCGCCUACUAUCUGAUCGAUUUUGAUGAUAUUCUGGACUCGAUUGAAGUCUACACAUUGCUAGCUCUGACAAGCUGUGUAACGAAACAGUUCUCCGUUGCGAGUCGGGCUUUUAUGAAAUUGGACUCGUUGAAUGAGUUGACGGAAGAAGAAAAAGAUUCGUAUCGAAAAUUGGCUAUUAAGAUUUUUAGCAAAUAUCCACCGACUGAUACAGUUCCAAAUAUGAUUGGUUGUAUUAAUUGUGAUCAAUCGAUUCCCGAUUACUCGAAUAUUUGUCCACAAUGUGAUAUCAGAAUCCCGAUGUGUGUCGUCACUGGAAAACCCUUGUUCGACUACCAAUUCUGGCUCUGCCCCAAUUGCAAGCAUCGUGCUUACGAGCAACACAUUGGCAAUAUAAAGUUUUGCCCUUUAUGCCAUCAUGAAAUCGCG